AUGAAUGCCACCCCCCGACGACGGGACGGUACCGAAAAUGUCCAGGUUGCCGUCCACCAACUCAUUCAGAGAUGUUCCCGGUCACCGAAGUCUACCUCUUCUAAAGAUCUCAACGUCGUCCUUUUCGGUGAGACGGGCGUAGGAAAGAGCUCUCUGAUCAAUCUCAUGGCAGGCAAGGAGGUCGCAAAGGUCUCGCCUGACGCCGAUGCGUGUACCCUGGACUCUGAAGAGUACGGAUUUGAAAUAGGUCCGACGCGAAUCCGGAUGUGGGACACCGUUGGACUGGAAGAGCCUGAUACCAUCAGCGAGGAUCGCUGCUUCACUGCCAUCGAGAAGGCGAUCCAACUCAUCAAAAGCCUGAGCGCCGCAGGCGGCAUCAACCUCCUCUUGUUCUGCAUUCGCGCAAACCGCAUCACCGUCACAAUACAAAAUAACUACCGGCUUUUCUAUGAAGUCCUCGGCCGCAAGGAGGUUCCAGUUGCGCUCGUGGUUACACACCUUGAGCGUGAACAGCAAAUGGAGGACUGGUGGCCCCGGAAUGAGAAGAUUCUCGAGCGAUAUGGCAUCAUGGCCGCUGGACACGCUUGUGUCACCGGUGUGGUUGGACAUCCCAAGUAUCAGCAGUCUCAGGACGCAAUUCGUGCGCUUCUCUUGCAGUACGACGAGCAGGGAAAAUUUAUGAUGCCACCCGAGGCGUGGAUCGGGAGGUUGCUAAAGGGAUUUGUGUCUUUUGUGGGCGAUAAAGCCUUUUUGAGGGGAAGGGAUAUGGUCCGUAUCUUGACAAAAAGAUGUCAGUUACGCCCCGAUGUCGCUCAGCGUGUGGCGGCUUGCCUUGAGCAAUGA